UGGCAAAGCUCUUAUGGACAACCCUGUAAAUAACAAUUCACAAAGUCCAACAACCGAUUCUUCUGAUAAAAUGGUUUUAAACAACUUGUUGGCGAGAGAGAUCCUAAAAAGACAGGCUUUGGAGACCAAAGUUGCCACAUUAGAGAGACAAAUUCAGGCGCUGGUAAGCGACGUCGCCGCCAGUAAGACUAAGUAUACUGCAUUAGAACACACCGUACAGAAAAAUUCGCUCCGUCAGACCAACAUGGCGACUUCCCUGCAGACCAUUACCAAGCGAGUGGAUUCCGAGUAUAUCAACAUCAGACAGAGUCUUGAUCACUUGUCUGGCAUUAUCAACGAUAAUAGGGAUCGCGUAUCUCCUUCCCCUGUUGCUUUCCUUGCCAGAGUUACUUCGACUACCCCUUCACAUAGUGGACCCAUUGUCUCCUUUCAGAUGGAAGAUCUUAACCUUGGCAAUGCGUAUUCAUCCGCUUCAGGAAUAUUCAAAGCUCCCGUGACAGGGGUGUACAACUUUCAAACCACUAUUCACAUUCAGAGAGAUAGGUUUGAAGGAUACAUCUCUCUAAAUGGUAUCCCCCAGACCUACCUAACAUUGACAGGAAGUGAUCAUGAGGCUUUUGGGUCGGUCUCUGUUACACUGCGGAUUAAUAAUGGUGACAGGGUCUGGUUUGAAAGGACAGACAAAUCAAAUUCUGUCAUCAUUUCAAGAAAAAGUCUUUUCUCUGGAUUUUUAGUGCAAGCAUAUUAAAUAUAUAUUUUCUUGCAAAUAAAUACUGAAUUAAU